GUGUGUUUCAGUGUAGCGUCCGAAACCAUUUACAGGUAGACGUGCGAUCGGUGUACUUCGGUGUGUUAACACAAUUUAAUAUCGAAGAUAAACCGGGGCAACAAUUAUCGAGUUCGUUUUAAAAUUCAAAUUUGAAAAUUACAACACGGUUUCUUGUUCUAAGUGAAUAACAUACUGUUUUACGGUCAUCAUCUUAUAGCUAUGGGCUCAUAAUUUUAUUUGACAUUGCGGGAUCUAAAAAAGGUUUUUUGGAAAAAUAGGUUAUGAUGAUACCAAGUCUAAAAUUAACUGUCGGCCUAAUCUUAUGGAUAUCCCAACAUAGACCCACUGACGGUCACGGGCGACUCAUAGAACCUCCUUCCCGGUCUUCCAUGUGGAGGUAUGGCUUCAAUACGCCGCCAAAUUACAAUGACCAUGAACUUUACUGUGGAGGGUUUACUAAGCAAUACCAAAUUAACGGUGGAAAGUGCGGCAUAUGUGGAGACCCAUGGGACGCGCCGCAGCCAAGACCGCACGAAGCCGGUGGUAAGUACGGACUAGGUGUGAUAACACGUCGCUACAAGAUCGGGCAGCCGUUCAUUGUUCGCGUAGAGUUAACCGCCAGCCACCGCGGAUACUUCGAGUUCAGAUUGUGUCCGAACAACGCACCUAAACGCGUGGCCACACAAGCGUGUCUGGACAAGUACAUACUGAGACGUGUCAAGUCCAAAGAAGCGGACGAAAUGUUCCACGAGACGCGAUUCUAUCCGGGAGCCGAAAACAAAGUGUACGAAAUGAGAUACUCGCUGCCUGAAGGACUAACGUGCAGUCAGUGCGUACUGCAGUGGAAAUACAUCGCCGGUAACAAUUGGGGCGUAUGCGCUAACGGCACUGGUGCGGUGGGCUGCGGACCUCAAGAAGAGUUCAGGGCGUGCGCCGACAUUUCGGUAUCCGACAAAGACGGCACCGUUGACACGUCUCCGUAUCCAACGCCGAUAUCGAAUACGUCUACCACAACCAGUACGACCUCUACUACCAGCAGUACUACGGAAGAAUCUGUCGACAUCAACGAAAUACCCGACGGCCAAGAAAACCAGAAACCUCAAGAGUCUGGUUUCGACUUGGUCAUUUUCAUUUUGUCUAUUGUACUAUUAUCGUUGGGUUUUAUCAUGAUGUUGUUCUUAUUUGCGUAUUGGUACUUUUACCACGCUAGUGAUACUAUUAAGUCAUGGUGGAGAAGAAUGGCUGAAAACACUCCCGUUUGCCUUCGAAACAAAAAAGUUGAAGAAAUUAACGAACAACCUGUACCUCCACCAAGACUCAAAAAGACUUCAAUUGGAUUUAAAGGUGUGCCGGCUAAUCUAGUGUAAAAUAUAUUGGUAAAUAAAAAUCCCAUAUUGGGAGAAACUUUAGAAACAUUUACUAAUACGUUUGAAUAAUAUGAUAAAACGUUUUAGUUUUUACUGCAGUUCAUUUAAAUUGUAAAUAUUCUUUGUUCAUCAUAAUAAUUAUAACUAUUGAUAAGGAAUUAUUUAUAGAAAUAAUAUUAAAGGACUAUGAUUGUUUUAUAAAAAUGUUAGUUGUAAAUUUUAGUUUAUUAGGAAAAUAAAGAAUUGUAUUUUUAGUUGAAUAAAUUGGAAGC